AUGCAUCGCACCUAUUCUAUGCGCCAGUCGCGCCUGCCGACGGCCUCGCAGAUUGAGAAUCCUCCUCCGCCAUUGUCUUCCACCAAGACAAACAGAAUCUUUGGAAAGGGCGGUUUUGGCCAUGCCUUGCGCAAGAACACGGCUGGCGCCUUCGGGCCUGACCUCGCCAGAAAACUCUCCCAAUUGGUGAAGAUGGAGAAGAACGUCAUGCGCAGCAUGGAGAUGGUCUCUAGGGAGCGUAUGGAAACUGCUCAACAACUCUCCAUCUGGGGUGAAAACUGCGACGAAGAUGUUUCCGAUGUCACCGACAAGCUGGGCGUCUUGCUCUACGAGAUUGGCGAAUUGGAAGAUCUCUUCGUCGACCGCUAUGACCAGUACCGUGUCACCAUCAAGAGCAUCCGCAACAUUGAGGCUUCUGUUCAGCCCAGCCGCGACCGCAAGCAGAAGAUCACCGAUGAAAUUGCUAAGCUCAAGUACAAGGACCCCAACUCUCCCCGCAUCGUCGUUCUGGAGCAAGAGCUUGUCCGUGCCGAGGCCGAAUCCCUCGUGGCCGAAGCCCAGCUCUCCAACAUCACUCGUGAGAAGCUCAAGGCAGCCUUCCAGUACCAGUUCGAUGCGCUCAGGGAGCAUUGCGAGAAGGUGGCCCUCAUCGCUGGUUACGGCAAGCACCUCUUGGACCUGGUUGAUGACACGCCGGUUACUCCCGGCGAAACUCGCCAUGCCUAUGAUGGCUAUGACGCCAGCAAAGCUAUCAUCCAAGACUGUGAGGAAGCCCUUGCCAACUGGGUUACCUCCAAGGCAUCGGUCAAGCCCACUCUCUCGCAGCGCUCGCGCACCCUGUCCCAGCGUCACCGUGAGACCCUCAAGGGCCGUGAAGGCGUCGAUCUUUCCGGACAGGACCAGCCCAUGGGCCGUGACUCUUGGGUACCCGCGGAUCAGCAUGCGACCUACCAGCACGAGGUAGAGGACGGUGAGGAAGUGGCCAGCACCGUUGAUGGAGAGUCGCGGGGUCGAGAAGAGGAGCGGGAGCCCGUCACGGUGUCUGUUUAA